UAUUUAUAAAACUGAGCCACGCCUUCUCUGAACAUGGAGGCAGCUAAGGAUUUAUUAAAAAGAGCUGUUGAGCUUGAUAAAUCAGAGAAAUAUUCAGAAGCUUUAAUAUGCUACGAGGAAGGAAUACAAAACCUACUGAGAGCAAUGGAAGGAAGACCUGAGGCUGAAGUUAAAGAUAUAAGAAAGAGAGCUGAGAGUUAUCUUGCUCGUGCAGAGGAAAUAAAGAAAAGAGCAAAAACAGAGAAAGUGCAAUCAAAGCAACAAGUAAAGUAUCUUCAUAUUCCUGAGGGAGCUACUGGCUAUAGUUAUUACACAAUCUNUAAGUCGUGCUUAGAGAAAGGAGGAAUCACCUGGGUGGAGGUAGAGGAUCCUUACAUCAGAUACAAUCAUCAGGUUCAUAAUUUUGUUAGAUUCUGUGAAAUGUUAGUAAAGAAUUGUCUACCAAUGCUUAAGUCAAUUUCAUUAUUAACUGGAGUAGGAGAGUCAGAUCAAAGCACUCAUUUAUCUGAACUAAAGACUAGUCUAGCCACCCACAGUGUCACUCUUUCUCUUUCUUAUUCUUCAACACUCCAUGACAGGGAAAUACGCUUCAGUAAUGGAUGGAUGAUUAAAAUUGGACGAGGGUUGGACUAUUUUCAAAGACCAACAGGGCAGUACAGCAUUGGUUACCAUGACUACGACCUUCGACCUUGUCACGAGACAACUGUAGAAAUAUUUCAUGUUUUAUGUACACAAAAAUUUAGCAGCUGAUGAGAUCUGACAAUUUUAUAAUCAAUAAGUUCUGUAAUAAUAACAAUAAUUUUUUUAAAGUAAACUUAUUAGCUCUAACUAA